AGCAAAUCCCGUUAAUUCUCCGUGUAGGGCUUGGGUUUGCUUUGGUUUUAUUUAUUCUUCACGUAAAUAAGGAGCUCUGCUUCUGUGUUUUGAGUGAAGGAUCCAAAUGAGUCGUUCCUGCAAGGCUCUGAGCCCUGCAAAGAUGGAUUAAUUUAGGGGGGAAACUCAAAGGAGAAGUAGGACAAGGAGUCACAGGGUGCUUGAAUAAUAAAAAGUGGAUAAAAUUCAGAAAAGCCCUUGCGGCUUGUGCUGGGACACUGGAGCAAGGCUGAGCUCCUGAGAGCUCCUUCUGUCACAAAAUCCAACCCUGGCUGGCACUGAGCACCUCCCCGGGCCGGGAUCUGCAGGGAAGGGUCGGGAUUUGCUCCCGGAUUUUGGGGAGGAGGAGGAAGAGGCUGGCCAGGCUCUGUUCCUGUCAAAGCUCCAAAACCAGAGCUGAGCUCUUCAGAAAGAGCAGGAUUCUCCCGUGGGCUUGGGAUGAUGCUGGAAAAGUGUCAUUCCUGUUCCAAAGGGGAAUGCAUCAAGCCUGUAAAAGUGGAUAAAAAGCCUGGAAAAGCAGCAGCCAAGAUCAGAAUCGAAGCUGAUGGAAGUUAUUUCCAGGUCAAUCAGGAUGGGGAAGCACAAAAGCUGGAGAAGGCCAAAAUCACCCUGAACGAUUGCCUGGCCUGCAGUGGCUGCAUCACCUCGGCUGAGAGCGUCCUGGUCAGCCAGCAGAGCCACGGGGAGCUCUGCAAGGUGCUGGCUCUCAACAAGGCUGCUGCUGCCCAUGAGCAGAAACUGGUGGUGGUUUCUGUCUCUCCCCAGUCCAGAGCCUCCCUGGCUGCAAGGUGCAAGCUGGGGCUGCUGGAGACAGCUCAGAAGCUGACCACGUUCCUCAAGAGUUUAGGUGUGCACCACGUGUUUGACACAACUUUCUCCAGGAACUUCAGCCUCCUGGAGAGCCAGAGGGAGUUUGUGAGACGCUUCCACAGACAAGCAGACGACAAAAAGGCUCUGCCCAUGCUGGCCUCUGCCUGCCCAGGUUGGAUCUGCUACGCAGAGAAAACCCACGGCAGCUUCAUCAUUCCCCACAUCAGCACCACCAAAUCCCCCCAGCAGGUGAUGGGCUCCCUGGUCAAGGGCUACUUUGCAGAGCAGCAGCACCUGCCCCCUGACAGGAUCUACCACGUCACAGUCAUGCCCUGCUAUGACAAAAAGCUGGAGGCCUCCAGGCCAGACUUUUUCAACCAGGAAUACCAGACCAGGGAUGUGGAUUGUGUCAUCACCACAGGAGAAGUGCUGAAGCUGCUGGAGCAAGAAGGAGUGUCCCUGUCAGAUGUGGAUCCCUCUCCCCUGGACACCAUGCUCGGCAGGGCUGCGGAGGAGCUGAGCAGCCACCGCGGCGGGGGCUCGGGGGGGUACCUGGAGCACGUCUUCAGACACGCGGCCCUGGAGCUCUUCGGGAUCCAUGUGGGCUCAAUCCACUACAAACCUCUCAAGAACAAGGACUUCCAGGAGGUGACCCUGGAGAGGGAUGGAGAGGUCCUGCUCCAGUUUGCCCUGGCCUAUGGCUUCAGGAACAUCCAGAACCUGGUGCAGAAGCUGAAGCGAGGGAAGUGCCCCUAUCACUACGUGGAGGUCAUGGCCUGUCCCUCAGGCUGUUUGAAUGGAGGAGGGCAAAUCAAACUGGAGGGGGAAUCCAGCAAGGAGGAGCUGCAGCAGGUGGAGAGGUUGUAUGAAUCCCUGAGGGCUGAGAUUCCAGAGGAGAACCAGGCUGUGGGGGAGCUCUACCAGCACUGGCUGGGGGGCUGGGGCUCAGAGAAGGUUCUGGAAGUGCUGCACACACAAUACCACGCCGUGGAGAAAGCAAACUCUGCCCUCAACAUCAAGUGGUGAGGGCUGCCCGGCCCAGCAGAUCCUCAGUGCCUUCUGAACUCCCACUGCUGAUUCUCCAAGGACUCUGUGCAAUUCCUGCCUCUGGGAAUGUGCCUGGCACUGCUCAUUCCUUCAGCUGGAGGAUGAGGUGAUGGGAAUGAACCCCAAAUUCUGACAGGAGACACAUCCCAGGCUGAUGGGCCAGACCCUGCACUGCUCCAGCAGCCCCAUCCUGCCAGAACCGAGCAGUUCAUGGACUGAGAGCUCAGCUCCAGGCUGAGCUUUGUGUCACACCCCAAUCUUCCUCCUCCAGGCCUUGCUGGAUUGUCCCAGCUCUCAGUUCCGUGCCUGCCUCUGCUGGAACGUCCUCACUGCGUUAGAAAUGUUCUCCUGAGGCCUGGAGGUGCCACAGCUCGCUGCCCUGCAGGGUCUGUGCCCUCAGAGAGGGGCACCCAAAGCCUGGGAUCAUCCCUGGGGCUGGCUCAGUGCCUGCUGGAAAGGGACUGGAGUGAAUGCUGGACAAAACCCUGUGAUUCCUUGUCCUUAAAUUAUAAUAAUUUAUACCAAGGGCAAUUCCUUCUCUGUCUUUCCUUGCUACACACACAGCAGGGAGUCAGGGAGUUGUCACGCUUACCCACCCUCUGCAGCCACUUACUGAGGGAUAACAUCCCUAAAUCCAGACAGAACAGGCACUUCCUGAUGGAGAACAUCCCAAAAUUACCACAAAAUAAUUCCUGACCUUGGGGCUGGCAGGAACCAAAGCUUCCUCUGCGCAUUCCAAUGAACCCACAGAGCAAAUGCUGAUUUUCAUGUUUUUAAUUAAAAGCUUUCCAUUUUUUCA